CUGAUGCCUCCUAAGCCAAAAACCCAAAACAGACUCCUGAUGUGACUGGCAGACUGAGAGUGAAAUUUCUUUUUGCCCAAUUGAUUGGGGAGCAGAAGCUUUGUACCAAAGUGUGCAAUUUAUCACUAAUAUAUGAGCUAUCAGUAGCACAACCUUCAUAUUGUGAUACUGAGUGACAACGAAUCUAAAAUCCAAGGAUCACUAAUUUAUUUGUGGUGGCUAAGGAGCUCUGUCAAAUGGGGGUCAGCUAGGAAAUCAAAGAGGCUUAAUCCAGCCUUUGACUGUUUUUAUAGUGUGUUGAAGCCUGGUCCUUUUUAAUAGUCUUCCUACUUGAGCUUCUGUGGAGAUGGUAAUAGUAAUAUUAUCUGUUUGGAAAAAAAAAUAAAAGUAAACCCUGUUCAGUGUUUGCCUUGAUUGUUAGAGGGUAAUGUUGUUUUUCUUUUGUGCCUGUCGAAUAAGCAUUUCUGAACAAAGGCUGGGAAGAGGUUUUACUGCCUUUUCGUAUUGGAUUUCUAUUUUCUGGGGCUGGUUUGCUUCCUACCAUAAAACCACACAUCCUGGUUUGGUGAGUAUAUAGCCCACACUCUUCAGCUGUAGGUUUAUAAACUCCAGGCUCAAUCCCAGUCAUGUCUUGGACAAAAGAAUACAAUUUAAGGCCAGUCAGAAUUUUGCCCACGAGUUCUAUAUUAAGAGCACUUUUGUUUUUGAAAAUGGAUUUAUUUUUGGACCUAUUGAGAAAUGUCAUUUUCAGCAGGGGUCUCUGGAAAUUCAAAAUGCCCUGCCUUAACCUGACCAUUAUCAUUGGGUGACCUUUGAAAAUGCUGCACUGUACAGAACCCUUGCAGCAUGUAGCAGCAGGGUUCCACUCACCUGCGACUGUAACAGCCAGACAGUUCUCCAGCUGUGCCUUCUUCCUCAAACACUUCCAGCCUAAGGGAAAGUCAUAGUCCAGGUUAACUGUUAGUGCUUUUCUUACGUGUCUUCUAUGCAAAAUGCAGGGGUGUUUUCCAGGAAAUGAUUGUGUCAUCACUGGGACUACUCUUCUCUCACAAGGAUGGGAUCUAAAAGCAAAAUUCAGUCCUUAAUUUAGGACUACCAACUCCUGGAAAGCCUUUGGUGUAGAUCUGUUUGAACCUUGCCUGAAAGCAUACUGCCAAAAAGAAACCCCAUUACUGAAUAGAUCUGUUGACUGUGUAGAUAAGAGUGGUUUGCAGGAAGGGAGAUUUGUUCAUAGGUGAAGAGCAGCAUGAAAUAACAUGCAAAGUGUUAAGCCAUGGUUAAGCCAUGGGUUCAUGGCAGCCUCUUAUUUUAAUGGAAUUUUAAAAAGUGACUCUCUGAAUAACAAAUUAGCUAUGCCUUUUAGAGCAUCACACAAACAUGUAAAUGGUACACACUUGACAGAAAAGGCAAGAGCCUAUUGCUUUGGUAAAGACUAUGCUGAAUUAUUUAGUAUGGGUUUUUUUAUUCUAAUGCUGAUUACAUUUUUCUUUGGAGAGCUUCCAACAAUAAAGCUCUUGGAAACUGUUCACAAAACUGUUAUCAGAAUCACUGAGUGUUGUCUGGUGGAUGACUCAGGCACACACAUGAUUCAAUUUAGGGCUGAAAUUUUGCCCUUAAGCAAAACAAAUGCACUUGGGCUGAGAAAGAGAGAUUUGUGUGCCCCUAAGUGGCUUAGCAGAUGGAGUCUGAAGUGUCCUGGAGAGAAAGUCAAGGUCCUUUGGCAAGUGCUCAGGAGAAUGCACAGCAAUAGUGUUGACUUCACCUGGGAGAAGGUGGACUCUCUGGCUUUGCACUUGGACAGGGUUAGAAUGCUGGAUUUGUUAGUUGGUUCCUGGUCUGCAUUCACGGACCACAAGUAAUGGGAAUACAGAAGAGUUAUAUGUGGGGAGAGGCAGAGGCUUUCUUUCCAUAUUUUCUAUUAGUACACUUGUUGCAUCCGAGGGCCUGUUAGUUCCUAUUGUAAUGUGGUUCAAAGGACGCAGCAGCUACUCAGUGAAUCUGAUGAUACUAUCGCCAGGUGAUCAGACUGGCUGACAGGAGGGAUAGUGGAGUGUUAAAUGCAAAUUCAAAGUGCAUUUCUGGUUUAUUCUUUUUAUACAUUAGAAAUGCUUACAUUAAGCCUGCAUCAUUGCCCACACAUGAUCAAUCACUAUUGGUACCAAGUGUGGCAGAAAUGCCACCGUCGGUGCCCCUCUCCAGAGACCUGUCUCGAAUCCCUCAGGGCGGGGAUCUCCCACCUUGUCUGCAUGACAAAAGCCUGGGGCCGGGGAGGCGGAUGCUCUGGUCACCUGGGCAGGGGGGAGAAGCCCAGCCCUGCGCAUGGGCCCAGGUAGCCAGGGAUGCUUGGUAGAUUGGUCGGCUUGUGGCCAGUAUUGGCAGCUUCGAUUGGACCGGGCUGCUGAGGUCAGAGAGGGGAUAAAAAGGCCCGGUCCAGGGAGAAGGCAGCCAUUAGCCAUGUGGUCAUCCAGGUGAAUCUGAAACUGGCUCUCUCCUCAUCACCGCAUGCUCCAAGAGCGACCUGCCUCCAGAGGAAACUCCAACCACCUCUGGACGAUGCGAGUGAGUAAGCUACUCGAGAUCCGAUUAGAUAUUUAGCUUCAGUAACUCAGAUGCGUGUUUAAAUGGCUACUUCAGCCAUGCUGGUUUGCUCUAUGGGAUUCCUUUGAUAUUCCUCUAAUAUUUCUAUGAUAUUGCUCUACCUUUUACCCUGUUUCCGCCCUACCCCCUGUAAUCAAUAAAGUUCUCCUUUGUGACCGGUGUGGGAGACUUAUUGAGGGGUGGGUCUAAAUUAUGCGGAGGAGGGCCCUUAGGUCAGCGGACUAAGGGAGACUUUCCUAAUAAGCCCCUGACUUGGGGAAGUGCCCUAAGUGCUUGUAUUGGGUCUAGGACCCAUUGGACGAUCAGGCCUGUGUUCUCCAAGGUGCGCAGAGCCAGGAGUGAGUCCAGAGCCUUGGAUGGUGGCAGCAGGAACCCCAGGCUAGUGGGUGUGCUCCAGGGGAAGGGGUGGGCUGGACGUGAGGUGCCCCAAGGGAGGCACUCGGAGCCUGGAAGGUGGUCGGGCUCAGGGAGGUGGGCGGCUCAACGCAGGAGCACCCCCUACUGGCCCGCCACACCAAGCACCUUAAAGUUUUCUAAUUAAAUGAACUUACUGUACUUAAUUACCACAUUCCUAUAUAUUACUUGUAUCCAUUGUGCCAAGUUUGGUUGUACCAACCUACGUGGUUCCCUUAUCUGUUAUACCAGUUUGUACUGCCUCUGUCCAUCUUGGGAUGUUCCUGAAUAAAUUCCAAAUGGUUGGAUGAACUCUGGUGCUUUCCAUCGAAUUUCAGGAUUGGAGGUUUUAACACUUACUGCUCCUGGUACUAUUAAUAGUCAAUAAAAGAGCUCAUUGUAUCAGCUGGUGAUAACAUCCAGGUGACACUCCCCAGAAAUGAAGUUGAACUGAAUGCUUUUGUUGUCCCACCACCACCUACAGAAACUGCUUAUAGCUAUGAGUGGAGCCUGAUCAGUCACCCUGCUGACUAUGAGGGUGAAAUGGAGCACAGGCAUACACCGACACUGAAACUCUCACAGCUGUCAGUAGGCCUCUAUGCAUUCAGAGUGACUGUUUCUGGUGAAAAUGCCUUUGGAGAAGGAUUUGUGAAUGUCACUGUCAAACCAGCAGUCAGAGUAAACCAGCCACCUGUUGCCGUUGUUUCACCCAAAGUACAGGAGGUCUCAUUGCCUACCACAUCCACCUUCAUUGAUGGCAGUCAAAGCAGAGAUGAUACUAAGAUUGUGAGUUAUCACUGGGAGGAAAUUAAAGGUCCAUUGCGGGAACAGAAAGCAUCUGCUGACAUACCUGUUCUACACUUGUCUAACCUUGUUCCUGGCAACUACACUUUCAGGCUAACUGUAAUUGAUUCAGAUGGAGCAGCUAACUCUACUAUUGCAUUACUGAUGGUCAACAAGCCAGUGGAUUACCCACCCAUUGCCAAUGCGGGACCGAAUCAGGCAAUAACUUUGCCUCAAAAUUUCAUCACACUAAAUGGAAACCAGAGCACUGAUGAUCAUGAAAUUGUCAGCUAUGAGUGGACACUUAGUCCCAAAAGUAAAGGCAAGGUUGUAGCAAUGCAGGGAGUGCGAACUCCAUUCCUCCAGUUAUCUGCAAUGCAGGAAGGAGAUUAUACAUUUCAGCUGACAGUUACAGACUCAGUUAAACAACAGUCCACUGCUGAGGUCACAGUGAUUGUACAGCCUGAAAAUAAUAGUCCUCCAAUAGCUGUAGUUGGUCCAGAUAAGGAAUUGACAUUUCCGGUAGAAGGCACUACAUUGGAUGGAAGCAAAAGCAGUGAUGACCAAGGCAUUAUCUUCUAUCACUGGGAAAAUAUUAGUGGGCCAAGUACUCUGCAAAUGGAAGACGUUGACAAAGCAGUGGCGACAGUGACUGGACUACAGAUUGGUACCUAUCACUUCCGGCUGACAGUGAAAGAUCAUCAGGGAUUAAGCAGCACAGCUACACUCUCUGUUACUGUUAAGGAAGAAAACAAUACUCCUCCUCAUGCACAUGCUGGAAGCAAACAAAUCCUGGUGCUUCCCAAUAACUCCAUUACUUUGGAUGGCUCAAAGUCUACAGAUGACCAAGGGAUUAUGUCAUAUGUGUGGAUUCGUGAUGGCCAGAGUCCAGCAGCUGGGGAUGUAAUUCAUGGCUCAGACCACAAGCCAGUACUGCAACUAACCAAUCUUGUGGAGGGAACAUAUAUCUUCCACUUGAAAGUGACUGAUGCUAAAGGAGAUUCAGAUAUUGACACCGCUACUAUUGAAGUGCGGCCUGACCCUAAAAAAAAUGGUCUGGUGGAGCUUAUAUUGCAAGUUGGAGUUGGCCAGCUGACUGAACAACAAAAGGACACUCUUGUGAGACAGCUAGCGGUGCUACUGAAUGUCUUGGAUUCGGACAUCAAAGUUCAGAAGAUACAAGCCUAUUCAGAUUUAAGCACAGCAAUCAUGUUCUAUGUGCAGAAUGGACAUCCUUUCAAAGUCAUAAAGGCUUCGGACGUUGCACGGACUCUGCAUGUGCAGCUUUUAAAGGAAAAGGCUGACUUCUUGCUUUUUAAAGUUCUGCGGGUUGAUACAGCUGCUUGCCUUUUAAAAUGUUCUGGACAUGGGCACUGUGACCCUAUUACAAAGCGUUGUAUUUGCUACCAACUGUGGAUGGAGAACUUAAUUCAACGUUACCUCAGUGAUGGAGAGAGUAAUUGUGAAUGGAGUAUACUCUAUGUAACAGUAUCUGCCUUCAUUUUGGUUGUGCUCACAGUUGGGCUAGCUUGGUUCUGCAUCUGCUGCUGCAAAAGCAGGAAGAGGACAAAAAUAAGGAAAAAAACCAAAUAUACCAUCUUAGAUAAUAUAGAUGACCAGGAGAGAAUGGAGUUAAGACCUAAAUAUGGUAUAAAACACAGAAGCACAGAACACAAUUCCAGCCUGAUGGUGUCAGAGUCAGAGUUUGACAGUGAUCAGGACACUAUUUUCAGCAGAGAAAAGAUUGAAGGAGAGAAUCCGAAGAACAUCAUGAACGGCUCCAUCAAAAAUGGAGUUUCCUUCAACUACAGUGCAAAAGACAGAUAAUUGAGUAAGGGUGAAAAGAAAGGACACACCAGUCUGAUGCACCAAGAAAGUGUUGAUCCACCUUUUAUUUUUCAAAAUCAAAAGCUUCCUAAAGUAUCUACCAAUUGCAGCUGAAGGGGAAAUUUUCAGCAGAGUCGAGGGGGGAUUAGACAGCAAAGCUCGUGUUGUCAUGGUUGUAGGAACAAGAAGCACAUGUAAUUCCCUGCAUGCUCUGUGCUGAACGUUUAUGUCUAAAUUUCUGAAGACAUUUUCCUAUCUUAGACUUGUGAAUCACUGCUACCAUCCUAUCCAGGACCGUUACUAACAGUGAUGACUGUGAGACUCUCUGAGCUAUAUUUGGCUUGUAUCUGUACUCCGUCACUUGAAGGAACACGCUGAUUAUGAAGCUGACCUUGACAAUUAAAGCCAAUGUGCAGAAUUUCCCUUGCGUCUGUAAAGAGCGGUGUGUGACUGCAAGUUUCAUCUUCAUAUAUGGUUUCUGAAUUGGAUACAGAAAAGGGAGAUCCAUAAAUAGCAUCUUUAGUACAUAGUAUUACCUCCAAGCUCUGCUUUGUGACUAUGGUUUUUAGGGUAGCACUUGUGAAGUGAAAAUGCCUUUGUUUUUAAAGGCAGCUGACUAUUUAGCAGUUGUUCUUUAAUCAGCUGCCAGUUAAUGUGAUACAUUUUGUAUCCUGUAUAAUGGAAAUGUCCCUUAUAUUUAUGUUGAAGAUGUGGUGGCAGCAGAGAAAUCCUAUCUGUUUUCUUCUGUAAUAAUAUACGAAGAGAGUUCCCCUCUGGACCUGAGGAGCUGAAAGGGAUACAGAGACACCUCCUGCAAUGGGCUGAACACCUUAAACUUACUUUGAUUGGAAUGGGGGCAUGAGGACUCUAUCAAGACUGAGUGCUUCAUGCACAUAAAUUAAGAUGGAAGUUGCAAUAUGGCUUGUAAUAAAGAAUUGGAAUGUCUCAAGCCUUAGCACAAUGCAGUGAACAGUGUUAAGGCUUAGUUGCUACAUGGCUGGAUGUCUUGGGUCAGGGAAAUUUUUUUUAAUGAAAGACAAAACUGUUAACAUUUUGAUUUUGCUACUCUUAAUUGUUGUGCAGCACCUGGGCAUUUUCUUUAUGGGUGUUAUAUUAGACACUAAUGCCCCAUUGCCUCCUUGAGAUCUGUGUUAGGGGGACCCAGUUUAUCUGGAGGACUCCUCUAUUCAUGGAUGGUGGGCUGAAUACAUCUGCUUCCAUGACACUGUCUGCCCUUUUCUUGUUCCCCUUCAUUAACUAGGGAAGACUUGGCAGGGGCUGGGAAACUUCCCUCAUGCAGGACUUCAGAAAAAUUAAAACCCUAAUUACGGAGGAAUCCAGCAGUGCAGAAAGCCUGGGCUGUGUAGUUUCAGUGGAGCUUCACUGUUGAUGAACAGGGGCUCCAAGAGUUGGUUCAGAGGCACAAGGGUUCUCUGUAAUUCAGGGAGUGGGACCUCUUCAUGUGGAAGGAACAAUUUGUAGGAAAUGUAUGGAGUUUCCUAGCCCAAGGAGUUAUCUGCUGGGGUGAAGAAGUAAAAUAAUGGGUAUAUGUAUGGAAAACGUGCUGUUGCAUUGAACUUCAUGACUUCUCUUCUUGGCUUGCUUCCAUUCAUGGAGUUGGGUUGGAGGGACAUGAAAACAGCAGCAACAUAGUAUGUUGUCUGCAUUUUCCCUGACUGUGCUCCUCCAGAUCCAUGUUGGCCUAUAACUUCCUUACAAAAACGUUAAAGCUAUGACAAUUAGCAUUUCCCCCUGCUCCAUAAUGAUACCCUUCUCAGACAAGACAGCUUGGGCACAGCAGUGAAAGAAGCCAGCAUGUCAGGCAAAAGGUGAUUACUAUUGGAAGCUUUUUCAGCUUAUACUCUUUGUUUACUUUUCACCUACUUUCUGCUCAGCCUAGAAACAUAGACAGUACGGUUUCUGGCUCCUCUCACUUUUUAUUCCAUCAGCAUUCAUGCAGUAGUGCAUUUUUGGGUUGUAAGCAGUCCAGGGUAGGUGGGCAUUCAAGCAAACCAAAUUAUAUUUAAAAAAAAAAAAAGUUUUGGCCAGUCUGCUACUCUCAGUGUUCAAGUUCUGUAUUUGUUCUACAGAAAAUGACUCUUUGCAGAUCUAUGUGUUUUACGGACUAGAUAAAAUUAUGUGAACAACUGUGACCUUGUAUCAAUCAAAUAUAAACAUCUCUUUUAAGUUUAUGCAUAUUGGCACAGUUGUCAGCAUCCAUAAAACAAAACAAAACAAAAAAAGAACAACUGAAGGUGCAGCUGAGUUUUGUAAAUUUAGUCUUUUUUGCAUUGGUUUUAUUUUACUAUUUAAUGCCUAGUGCUCAGGCCUGCAAAAAGGCUGCACAGAGGGUUAAACUGUAAAGGUAGUCAUCCAUUGCUUGAAGUCCAAGGUUCAAAUGUGUCUUAGGUUUCUAAAUGAAAAAUGUUUUGUGGUCUGAAGCAUGCUUCCUAGUGGACAUUGUUCAACAUCACAAAGUCACCACAGUUCUAGAAACACCACCUCUUCUUUCCUACCCUCAGAAUCAUUUCUGGAAGAAGUUCAAGUGCUGCGAGAGCAUUUUUUAUUUUUUUUUUUAGCUUAUCCAAGUACUUCCACCUCCAGCAGGUGGGAGACAGUAGACUGUACAGUCUAGGACCUCUUAAUUACCUUUUUGCCUUUUGUUUCUUUCCACUUGAAUUCACAUGCGAUUGCUAGCCACUUUUAUAGCUCACAACCUUAGUUAAAAAUUAUUUUUUUAAAUAGUGAAUUUCCAAGGUGUUAUUAGAGGCACUGGCUUGCAGUUCUACCAAUUUAACCUCAUUCAUCAAGUUAGAAGUGAAAAAAGGAGAAAGGCAACAUAGUAAUUGGGCAUUAAGAUACACUAUCUUGCAGAUUAUUAGGCCUAAAAAUGCAUGCCUGAUAUUGAAGGAAAUCUGAAACUUCUUGUGGAGUCAGGAAGAAAUACUUCUCUGGCUCUGAGUAUUUGCGAUAUCAAACCUUAAUGUUAACCUUUUAUGGUCCUGCAGUCUAGCAUGACUUGUUUGCAAGCAUAUCUUUAUCUACAUUCUUUAACAUUUUUAAGUAGUGAGUGCAGUGUAUAUAUGAGGAUCUCAUGAUUGUUACUGUAAUUUAAUUUAAUAAGCCUACAUGUGAAUUGUUGCAUAGUGAGCAAUACAUACCUACUCACAACAUAGAUCUGUCCAGCUAUAAACAGACCAACAGCUUUUAUCAUGGCAGGCAAAAUACUAAUGUUGUACAAGAAAUUUAGCAGGACAAGUCUGACAAAAUAAAAAUAACCAUAACGUUUCUUUUCUAUUUCAGCUCUGGUAUUGAAGGAGCUGUUUGAUAUGGGUUGAUGAGUAGUGACACAAUUAAAUCGGAGUAACCCAGUUGUUGCUGGAUAUGUAAUGAAAAAUCAAUCUUCCUUGCUUCAUACUUACUUGUAAAAUAAGUUACCAUCUAUCUUUUGUUACAAAAAAGCUAUUUUACCAGCUUUACUGUCCAGUGCACUGGAUACAUCUGCUUCAACCCCCCCACUUGCAUGCUACUAAAAAUGCUAGCCAACCUCCUAUCAGUGGAUUGUCUUGAGGAAACAUAAGGGGACGCAAGUAGGGGGAUGAAUCUGAUCUGCAAAGGGUUUAGCAGAACGGUGUACUUUCCAGUAGCAGACCCAGAAAUGGGGCAGGGAACUGUGCUACACAUGGGCAAUGCACUCUGAACUCCCUUCCUGGUCAGCGUGGGCUCCUGCUAGAGCUCCGUGCUAGCACUGAGUUCAACUCACCAGCUGAUCUUGGUGGGAUGUGGCUGGAUUCCUUGCUUUCACUUAGUUCUGGAACCCAAGGGGUAAAUACUGUUUGCCCUUCCCUACCCCAGCAGCAGGGGAAAGGAGGCUAGAGCUGUGCAAAAGCAGGGGCUCCGACCAGACCUGAUGCUGAGAACUCAUGUGCAGCACAGCUGAAGUGAGGGGACUGCACUGCCACACCUCCUCUGGCAUUUUCUUCCUUCCUUGUUUGGCUCCUUCAAACCUGAAAGCAGUGCAAAAAUGCCAACACUUACCUUUUCUCAGACAGCUCUGGCAUUCUUCAAAUCCUUCAGGCCCCACUUAUGUAAAAUUCCUGUUGACGUUAACUGAAGAUUAUUGCCUGACUAAAAUGAUUGUGGGUUUUGAUCUCUUUACAUGUUGAAAAGUUAAUGAACUUAUUAUUGUCCUUGUGUUUGGGGUUGGGAGGAAAUGAAAACUAUUUUCAGAGUCAUCUACUGAACAGUCUGUGGAACCCUGGUGAGAAAGGGAUGGAGGGCAAGCCUUUUUUCUAGGGGAGAGAAACUGGAAUAGAAGGCAGGUAGGAAGGUCCUAAAGCACAAAAUUUGUACCCUAGGAUUGUGCUUAAAUUUCCUCAUCCUAUACAAAUGUAGUGAGACAUAACCCAUUUCAGAUGCCUCUGGGUGCCAAGGUACCAGAAGGAAUUGUCCCAAAGAAACCAUGAAGCUACUUAAGGUGGGGAAAAAAGAAAUUCCUGCAGCACAGGCAAUGACUUAAGUGCAAGUGAGGCAUGCAGUAGUACUUUGCCUCUGUACGGAAGCAUGGCUUCCUGCGUGUGGAUGGGUGAACAACUGUAGAUUUAAAAAUAGGAACCUAUCUCUAGAAAAUGUUGUUUAUUGCAAAUGAUAAUGUAUUGUAACUGGAACCAGUUCUUAGCUGAUACUAUUACCUUUAUGUUACCCUCCUAAUAAAGAUUUGUCUUUCCUUC